AUGUACUCCAGACGACAAGAAGAUUUAGAAGAAUUUAUUGAAAAAGUAAUAAUUGCCAACGGUCGAGGUGUUUCCAUUAUAAAAAACGUCACCGGAAAUACAAACUGGAGUUUUGGACAAUCAUUAUUCUUUUCGAGUACGAUUGUCACGACAAUCGGUUACGGUCAGGUGGCUCCACUAUCGAAAUUGGGAAAAUUUUUUUGCAUCGCAUAUGGAAUGUUAGGGAUCCCGUUGAAUCUCAUGUUUUUGUCGGCGUCGGUUCAAAGGUUAAUGAUACCAUCGAAUAAUUUAUUAAAUUUAUUAAAUAAUAAUUUAAAUCAUUUAUUUAAACCCCUCGUGAUAAAAAUAAUACAUUUUAUCAUCGUUUCGUUAUCAUUCGUAACAUUUUUUGUUUUUAUACCCGGAGGGAUUUUUAAUUAUUUAGAAUCCGAUUGGGAUUUUAUGGAUUCAAUUUAUUAUUGUUUCAUAUCGUUGACGACGAUCGGUUUGGGGGAUUACGUACCUGGCGAUUCAUUAAAUCAACCUCAUAGAGAUAUUUAUAAAAUUAUAACGACAGGUUAUCUUUUUACAGGUUUGAUUUUUUUAGUUUUUACACUUUCCGUUUUUUACGAAAUCCCACAAUUAAAUUUAGGAAAUUUUUUUUUAAUGGAAUCCGAUGAAAUGAUGCCGACGACGAGGAGAAAACCGGAAGAAAAUUUUGAUAAAUCACGAUGGGAAAAACACGAUCCUUAUGAAUCAUCUAUUUCCGGUUUAAAAUACACUCAAAAUUAA